AUAUUUUGUUUAUAAUAAAAUUUAAAAAAGGCUAAUUGUCAUAGAAUCUAUGUCAAAUAAAAGGGAGGAUGAUUAUAAAAGAAGAAUAUAUUUUAGGAAUUACAUCAGCAACAACAGCGUCUCUGGGAUCUCUAGUCAGGUAUACACGGUGGAUAAUGAGGAGCACAGCGGAGGCAGCUUGGAAUUCGUAAUUCCGAGGGAUCUAGCAGACGGAUUCAUCAAUAACAAGAGGGAGAGUUACAGAUUCAGGUUCCUAAAGGUUUUUGAUCAAGCAACCAAUCAAGAGGAGAUCUUUGAGACAAUUGCAAAGCCUGUAGCUGAUAAUGUCUUAGCAGGCUACAAUGGUACCAUUUUUGCGUAUGGGCAGACUGGCAGUGGAAAGACCUUCACCAUCACCGGCGGUGCUGAGCGCUAUAGCGACCGUGGCAUCAUUCCACGAACGCUGUCCUACCUGUACCAGCACUUCACUCAGGACAGUAGCAUGGUAUAUACCACGCAAAUAUCUUACCUGGAGAUUUACAAUGAGGUGGGAUAUGACCUUCUGGAUCCCCGACACGAAGCGUCCAAUCUAGAGGAUUUACCUAAGGUAACAAUAAUGGAAGAUCCUGACCAGAACAUUCACCUCAAGAACCUGUCACUGCAAGCAUCAGCCAAUGAAGAAGAGGCCCUGAAUCUCCUUUUCUUGGGUGACACUAAUCGCAUGAUUGCAGAGACCCCCAUGAAUCAGGCCUCCACCCGCUCUCACUGCAUCUUCACCAUUCACCUGUGUGGCCGGGAGCCCGGCUCAGCCACACUGCACCGCUCCAAGCUCCACCUAGUUGACCUGGCCGGCUCGGAGAGAGUGGGCAAGUCAGGCGUGGGGGGGCAGAUCCUCACUGAGGCAAAGUACAUCAACCUAUCCCUGCACUACCUGGAACAGGUCAUCACGGCUCUGUCAGAGAAGAACCGCUCUCAUAUCCCCUACCGGAACUCUAUGAUGACCUCUGUGCUCAGGGACAGUUUGGGGGGUAACUGUAUGACCACCAUGAUCGCCACCGUGUCAUCCGAGAAGACGAACAUUGAUGAAUCUAUCUCUACCUGUCGCUUUGCCCAGAGGGUGGCCCUGAUUAAAAAUGAGGCUCUCGUCAAUGAAGAGCUUGACCCAGCCCUGCUGAUUGUUCGACUGAAGAAGGAGAUCCAGUGCCUGAAGGAGGAGCUGGCCAUGGUAACAGGGGAGCAGAGGACCGAUGAGCUAAGUCAAGAGGAGAUCCAGAGAAUAGAGGAGCAGGUAAAGCUCUUCCUCGAUGACCCUGACCCUGACACAACUCUGGAUCUAGGCCCUGAUAUGAGAAAGAUCCAUCACUGCUUUUUACUUCUAAAGGAGAGGGUGCAGCAGAAGCAGCAAGCUCAGAACAUCGCAGCUGAGGCCAGUGCUCUCUCAUCGUCAGGCCUUGCUGACAGGCAGGCCAGCGAAGCCCAGGGAGACCUGCUGAAACUGAAGGACAUACUGACCCAACGUGACAACGAGAUCAGUAUACUGGUCAACAUGCUGAAGAAAGAAAAGAGGAAGGUUCAAGAAGUCAGUGCUCAAUUUGCAAACUUCUCCAGGGGAGAUCUCACAUGCCACAGCACACGACAGUCAUCCACCAGUAUUCAUGAUGAGAAGAGGUUGAAGAGUGAAAGUUCAGACUACACACAUGCUCAUCAACUAAUGAUCAGGCAAAGUGGACCAGAGCUAUCUAUUGAGCAACAGGAGGCAUUUGAAAUAUUUAGGAAUGAUCAUGGGGACCGUCUAACUCUUGAGGACAACAAGGCCAUACUGAAACAGAGGUUUGCAGAGGCCAAGGCACUGGGGGAGCAGGUUAACCAGGCCAGGAACAGAGUCAAUGAGCUGAAGAAGCAGUUGCAGAUGAGAAGGAUGCAAAUGGCAGCACAGGGUGUAAUGGAGAGUCAGCCAAAUCCACAAUCAGACACUGUAGAAGAGACUCUUCGCAGCCAGAUUGAAGAAGAGAAGAAAAAUUAUAAGAGCACUUUUGGACGUUUAAAAGGCUUGAAGACGGAGAUUGAACAUUUACAGCACCUGCUUCAAAGGUCAAAGAUCAAGCUUAAGAGGGAUUUUCAGGACUGGUGGAGCCAGGAGGCCACAAGACUACAGAAGCAGGAUGAGGGAUCGGAGAGAGCAAAAUCGAGUGAUAGGCAAGAAAACUCUCUCUGCAUUGCCUCAACAAGAAAUGCCUAUUCACAUGAUCAUAUCAUUGACAUGCAAGACAUAAAACAGAGGGACCUAUCUACAGCACCUGCCAGAGAUCUCAGAGCCUUGUCAUCUACUACCAUGUCUUCCACAUCUAUUCCACUGACCGGAGACCACCAGACUGAUGCAGAUAUACUGGCUUUCAUAAGGGCCAGACAAAGCCUGCUCACCAGGACAGGUGAAGGCAGUCCUUCCUGAGGUGACGGGCAAUCCCCUCCACACGCAUCAGCCAGGCGAUUGGGUGCUGAUAAAAGACUUCAGGAGGAAGCGGUGGAGCCAACCCAGGUGGAGAGGACCAUUCCAAGUACUACUGACGACACAAAACCGCAUGGCCUUGGACAUGCUCCUCGCUAAGGAGGGGGGAGUGUGUUCAAUGAUAGGCGACCAUUGUUGCACGUACAUACCGCCCAAUGAUGCACCUGGAGGUAAUAUCUCCAUGGCCUUGGAACACAUGAGUAAGAUUGCUGACCAACUUCGUGCUGAAGAAGCCGGAGUGAGACCUUGGGACUGGAAACAGGGAUCUCUAUUCUCAAUGUGGAAAAGUAUUGUAAUUAUGAUUCUCCCAUCCAUUUUACUACUUGCCUUGAUUAUAUGUUGUGGACCUUUGUUAUGUCAAUGUAUGCUUAGUACUAUUCGCAUGAAUAUGGAUACCAGAUACCAACUUAUUCAGGUCACUAAAGAGGACCUGGAUGAGGAUAACACCCUGUACCUGCACACUGUAUUCUCUGAUAAUUAACAAAUGAUUGUAUAAGGGGGGAAAUGUGAUGGAAAAUGUUACGAAACUAUGCAUUAUGUGAUUCAUAUAAAAUCACACUGAUCCUUUUGUUCUCA